GCGCUCAGAGACACCACACCGCUGCUCUGCGCGCUGCACAGCCCGGACCGAGAGGAGCAGACCGGCCACAGGACGCCUGCGCCUCCGGGCACAACACAUGGUCCAGGCGACAAAGCCUCAGAGAUUUUCACCAGGGAUAACCAAACAUCAUCUAGCAGCUGCUCCACCAUGGUGUAUGGGCAGGUCUUUCAUCAGCACAGCUCUGAUGGCUGUUUUAUCAACGUUAACGUUGGAGGUUUCAAACAACGAAUGGAGCACACUGUUCUGAAGCGGUUCCCUCAGACGCGCCUCGGACGUCUUCUGUGUUGCAGCUCCAAGGAGGCGAUCCUGGAGCUCUGCGAUGACUUCAGUCCCUCUGAAAUGGAGUACUAUUUUGAUCGCAAUCCUCGGUUCUUCUGCUACGUCCUCAACUUCUACCUCACAGGUAAAAUCCACCUGGCAGACGGAUUAUGUGUGGUUUCAUUCGUUCAAGAGAUUGAGUACUGGGGCAUCAAGGAGCGUCACCUGGACUUCUGCUGCAGCAACAAAUUCCACGAACUGAUGGAGCUUGCUGGGGAUACGCGCUGGGAUCAGAGGAGCGAUGAACUGCAGCUCCACAGCUCAGAGUCUUCCAUGGAGGAGCUGUCAGCUUUGGAGGAGACCACAGAAAUGUUUGAAGGCUCCUGGUGCGCAGAUGUCCGCAGGUAUAUUUGGAUCCGACUUGAGAAUCCAGGUUACUCCACAUCAGCCAAAGUGAUGGCUGUAGCCUCCCUGAGCGCGGUCAUUGUCUCAAUAGUCGCCAUGUGUGUCCACAGCAUGCCGGACUUCCAUCAGGUGGAUGUCAACGAAAAAGAGAUCGAAAACCCAGUGCUGACUUUCUUCGAGAACCUCUGCGUCCUGUUCUUCUCCGCAGAGCUUGUUCUUCGUUUGGUUGUUGCACCGUCAGCAAGGAAGUUCCUGUGCAGCCCUCUCAAUAUUAUUGACUUAAUGUCGAUCAUGCCCUUCUAUGUCACUGUAGCCUGUGACAUAAUGGAUGGAGGUGAAAGCACAGAUCUGGAGAAUGUUGGCAAAGUGGUGCAGAUCUUGAGGCUGAUGCGAGUGCUUCGCAUCCUAAAACUGGCUCGCCAUUCAGCUGGCCUCCGCUCUCUCGGUGCCACGCUGCAGCACAGCUCCCGUGAAGUUGGGAUGCUGGUGCUUUUCUUGUCUGUGGGUAUUUCCAUGUUCUCAGCUCUCAUUUACUUUGUAGAGAAAGAAUCUCAAGAGUCAGAGCUGCAGACCAUCCCCAUUGGCUGGUGGUGGGCCACCAUUAGCAUGACUACAGUGGGCUACGGGGACACCUUCCCCGUUACGUUUGCCGGGAAGCUGAUAGGAACCCUGUGCAUCAUCUGUGGACUGCUGAUCGUAGCUCUGCCCAUUACUAACAUCUUCAACAAGUUCGCCAAGUUCUACCAGAAGCAGACACGCAUAGAUCUCAGGAGAAACAAUAACUGAACCCUCUCAAGCGAGUGUUCCAGAGAGCCACGCAACAUUACAAGCCAUGUAACUCCACAAACUCAUUCAUCACACACCACUCAGGAGAGGAUGUAUUAGCUGUCACGCACACUUAGUUAAAAUCAGGAUUAAGCUUGUUUCAGCAUUUUCUAUGAGCAAGAACAGCCACAAAACAAACUGUAUGA